AACAUACAAGAGAAUAUGAACAUUCAGGUACAAAUAUACUAAAUACUAGGAUGUAAACCAAAAUGUACAUUAUUUAAAUAAACCGGUCAUGGGUAUAAUAAUUAUUAUGAAUAAAGAGAUUAUUAUAACAAUAUACCGUCACAAUUCUUAUAUCACUUAAUAUCCCUGUAGGGCAGUGAUUUAACUCUACUAAAUGUAGAGUUAAAUCAACUACUUUUCGUUCGAAAUAUUUCAAUCCAACAUACCUAUCGCAGUCUCUCAAACUGCAAUAAUUUGGUGUAUUAUCAGUAUUUCUUCGGUGAGAAAGAGACAUAAAUAAAAAUUGACAAAUACUUGUUGUUUUAAUUCGAAUUAUAACUAUUACGGGCUUAAGUCCAUGCGGUAGACCUCAACGACACGACGACAAAUAUUCGUAUAAUAGAAUUAAUUAUAAACAUUACAAUUUUAUAAUGAGUUAAUGACGUAAAGUGUACGUCAUAACGGUAAUGGAUGAGGUGCUGAGUUGAGCGGCUGUAAGACUUACAAGUUAUCCGCUACGGGGGAAGUCAGCUGGCGAGGGUCGACUCAAACACUUUCGCUCUCAGUAUUACCGCUGAGUACGCAUGUGGUUACACGUUUUUAGGGAUCCUCAACAUUAAUAAAAAAGCCUUUGCAAACUUUAGCGUGAAUACAUUUCUUAUACGGGUUGUGAUAUAUUAUGUUGAUUAUAGAUUUAUUAUAGAAAAAAUCAACAUUCGUACUUUACUGUAGUAGUUUAGAGAUUAUUAUAAUAAAUACAUUUAAUAACUAGUGGUUCCAUAAAACAUGCUAACUAGUGAGAAGUGCUUAAUUUUAAUUGGAUUAACUGCAAUACAAAUUUUUGUAUCGGAUAGUCAGGAGCAAGCUAAACCAGUCAGUGAAAAGAAACCACAAUCGGUACAAGAUCUAUUCAACACGACUUCAUGCAUUCGACCGCCCUACAAAUGUCCUCAUCCAAAGAUGCAAUUUUAUCUAUACACAAGGAAAACACAAGAGAAAGGAGAGUUAUUAAAUACAUUGGAUAAUGACUCUCUUACAUAUUCAAAAUUUAACCCAAGGCAUCCUACAAAAGUGGUUGUUCACGGAUUUGGAGGUGGCAGGAACCUGUCUCCGAGUACAGAUAUGAGAAAUGCCUACUUCUCCAAAGGGAACUAUAAUAUUAUUAUAGUUGAUUAUGGGUCUCUUGUAAAAGAGCCGUGUUUGGGUCAGAUUGAUUGGGCACCGCGGUUUGCGGGCCUCUGCAUUGCACAAAUGGUAGAGUAUCUUCAGUAUCACCCGGUAAAACCUGUACGCCCGGAGAAGAUCCACACCAUCGGGUAUAGCGUCGGAGCGCAUAUAUUGGGCCUCGUAGCUAAUUACAUUAGUGAUGGAAAACUUGGGAGGAUUACCGGUCUCGACCCAACAAUUUUUUUCUACAUGGGCAACAAUAGAUCCCGAGACUUGGAUCACACCGAUGCUUUAUUUGUCGACAUCCUGCAUACAGGUGCAGGAAUACUUGGUCAAUGGGGUCCAAAUGGACAUGCUGAUUUUUAUGUUAAUGGUGGUUCUAGUCAACCAGGGUGUGCUCAUGACACGAUAUUUCAGACAUUAUCAUGUGAUCACACAAAAGUAACGCCAUAUUUCAUAGAGUCGAUAAACAGUAAAGAAGGUUUCUGGGCGGGACCUUGCUCCAGUCUAUUCUCUUAUUUAAUAGGUUGGUGUGAGCCUAAAGAUUCAGAAUAUGUUCUAAUGGGUGAACAUGUUACACACAGAGCGCGGGGCGUAUACUACGUAACAACAAAUGCUAGGCCGCCAUAUGCCAGAGGAUUUCCAGGCAAAAGUAGACGUCUACGAUCAAUCACUGGACCAUACAGCUAGUACAUAUUCAUAAAAUAGAUUAAAUUAUUGCUAAACUUAAAUUGUUCUGUUUUUUUAUCGUUUGAUAUUUAAUAGUAUUUAUGUAAAAAUUAAGUUCUUCGGUUCCUUCUUCUUCCGAUUCUUAUCUUCUUCUGGUUCCAUCAAUUUACAAUUUUUAGCUAUAAUCCUCCGGUACUAAAUCGUCUGGUGACAAUAAUACCGUUAGCAUAGCAAUUAUAUUGCCAGUCUAUUUUUGUACUCUGUAGCUACUUUUAUAUACAUUAAUGAUAAUGCGAAGAGUACCUAUAGAGAGAACCUAGUACUAUUUCUUAUUCAAAACUCCUCUCAAACUCGGUCUCAAAUAUAACUAUAAUCUUUUAAAAUAUAGAUGCCAUUGCCUAAAUAAAUUAAGAUAGGUUAUUAUAUUGAUAAAAAUCACAUUCUAGACUCAAGCCAGAAUAAUUUUAGAGUUAGAUAAUUACAUUUUAGUUAGUAUUAGAAUACUUGUUAUAUUUUAAUAUACAUCGCGGGCUUAAUAAUGACCUGCAUUAACACUGAAUAUUGAUUUUUAUGUUAAAAAUUUAAAAUGGUAAUAGACUUUUUUUAGAUAAUGCAGAUUUUAUUAUUCAGUUUGCGAUAUGUGUGUGCAAUGUAGUCUACAUAAGUAGCUAUAAAAGAUGUUUGGUGGUUAUGGUCAUGUAUCCUAAUAAGAUAAUUGUUAGCUUGCUAAUUUAUUGUACCUAAUAUUAACAAAUCCCUCGUUUCAUCUACUAUCGAUAAUUCAAUAAUAUUUAUCACGUGAUUAGUUGUAUAUAUAGAUUUUAAUUACAUUACUGAUUUGUUUAUAUGAUGUACCCAUUAUUAUUUUAUAUAUAU